AUCAUAGGUAAUACUGCUAGUGCUAAACUAUAAUGCAGUAUCUCUUCAAAACCAUUCAUCACCAGAUUCACCAUCACAAUCUCACUGCACUACCUCCACUAUCCCUGUCCCCAUUUCCAUCCCCUAUUCCAUCCCCGUCACUAUCCCCAUCACCAUCAUAUUUAAUUUUUACCGGGACCCACAAGAUGGUGUUCCACACGGCAUUUUACUGGGGCAAACCACAUCAGAUUCUGUUCCCUGGCUGGCCUGGUACAAGUACUGGUAUGUAUGUUGUGGCUGUGUUGUUCGUCUUCUCCCUAGCCAUUUUGGUAGAAUGCCUCGCCUAUUGCCAUAUUAUUAAACCUGGCCCAAACCAAGUUGCAGCCUGCUUUUUUAGAACCGGGAUGCGAGCUGUCCGAGCUGGGAUGGCUUACAUGGUCAUAUUGGCUGUUAUGUCUUACAAUGGCGGUAUAUUCAUAGCAGCCGUUGUUGGACAUACGAUAGGGUAUUUGAUUUUUGGAAGUGGGCUUUAUUUGAAGUGUGAUGGGCGUCCGUUAUCGAAUUUUGGAAUUGGGCAUUCCAAAAUAUGAUGCAUUCUUUGCUCGUGUUUGGAGCUUUACGCUGUAUUUGUCAGCAGAUUUUUUAUUUUCUUUUUUUCUUUUUCCUCUUUGGUGAAUUGUGAUCGUAAAAACCAAAAGUGUGAAUAACCAAAACUGUGAUUACUUGUGAAGUAAAAGUUGCAAUGUAACUCCUGAUGAAUAAUGAACAAACUCGCGCUGAUGAACGCUGCAGUGUCGAGUAAUCAAAAUAACUAGAACAGGUUUACCGUCAGCAACUAAUGACUACUCAUAGUAUAAUAUCUGAUUUUGUAGUAGUAUCUAAGAUAAUUGGCACGAAAUAAAAAUGAUAUAGAUUUAUUAUCUUUAGCAAGUUAUAAUUGUAUAAUUAACAAUAAAUAAUGGCAAAACUGAAGUAUCUGUUAUUAUUUUCUAAUGCCUGCAUCAUGCAGUCACGUCUGUGACAUUUGAUUUGGAAUAUAAGUUAGAUAAACAACUCACCCCAUUCACUGAAUUUAUAUUGAGCGUAACAUCUAGAUUAGAUGUAACCAAUUAUAGACAACUCCCUCUCAACCUUCUCCAAGAAAAACAAAAGAUAAAAACUAAAAUAAAUUUGAAUUGAUUAUAAACAAUAAAGAAGAGAGAAUCUGAUUCUGCUUUGACAAUAAAUUUUAAGUGCAUAUAACAUACCACCUUCUUUUUUUUUUUUUUGAAGAAAUAACAUACCACCUUCUAACACAAAGUGAUAUCAGAUAGAUGUGAUUCUCCGUUCCUUCUAUAUCCUUCUGUUUGGUUGAUUGAUUAGGGUGAAAAAAAUAAACAAACACACACACCGGGUUUCGGUUUCAUUAUAUACUUAUCGAAGUUAAAUUAUGUUAAAAAUCACUAAUUUUAUUGUACAGAGUAUACUAUUUCAUAAGGUGAAGAGAAUACAACCCUUACCACCGGCCUACCAAUACUCAAACAUGACUUUAGAAAGCGAAGGUGGGAAUCGACUUUUGAGUUUUUUGUGGAUUUAAAUUUUUCGAUUAGUGCGGUGCUCUCCCUUUAUUCCCUUAUCUUAUUACCCACAUUUCAUGGUACAUUUAGCAUACACCUAAAAAGUAAAUUCGAUCCUUAGAAGGUGCUGGUAGGUUCCACGGCAAGGCCAAGAUCCUUAACUAUCCAUCACAACUUGCAAAUAACGCAUAUAAAACAUGAUCUUUAAUUUAAUUCUUAAUAUAACCCCUUUUCUCAAUAUUUUUCCCUAUAUAUAACCCUACUUGUCUGCUGCAAACAACAAUCCAGUUUGCAUAUAUGCAAAAUUCAACUUAAUAUCAAAUUUUGAUCUCAAAGUUUUAAGCUUUAAAACCCUACCCCAUAAAAUGCAAUCCAUGAUGCCAUAUCAACGCGGCUUCUUUGGCCGGCCUCUUGAAGUGUUUGAUCCAUUCUCCCUUUACUUUUGGGAUGACUUUCCCUUCGACUUCCAAGCCUUCCGAGCACCACCACUUAUGCCCCCUCCACGGCCGCUACUACCGGAAAUGAGAGGUAUGGUGCCUAGGACUAAGAUUGAGUACAAGGAAACCCCUGAGGCUCAUCACUUCAAGGCUCAGCUUUCGGGGGUAAGAAAAGAGGAUGUGAAGGUGAAACUAGAGGAGGGCGGGAGGAUGAUCCAUGUAAGUGCCAAAUCGACACGUGAGAAUGAGGAAAAGAAAGACAAUUAUCAUCAUGUGGAGCGCGGUUAUGGAGAGUUUAUGAGUAAGUUCACGCUACCUCCUAAUGCCAAACCCGAGCAUAUGAGGAGCUCUGUGGAUAACAAUGGAGUGCUCACCAUCACUAUUCCUAAGGAGAAAAUACGGCAAUCCAAUUACCAGUAACCUACUUUGUACCAUGUUGCAGUACAAUGCUUUAAUGCAUGCAUGUAAAGUAUUUAUGUUAUUAGUACCAUGACAUGCCAUUGAAUGAUACGAAGGCAUAUCUUACAAGCUUCAGAUUGAAGAUGUACACUCACUCUGUAUAGUUACGACUUACGAGUACCUUCUGCUUCUUAAUGAAUAACGAAAAUUAAAUUUAUUGUA